UAUUCUAUGACAACACACCACUUUUAUUUACUGCUUUAUCAUUUACUCGAUAUAGUUGAGUGUAUACAAAUAAAUUUAAUCGAAAAAGAAUAUUUAUUCACUCUUUAUUAAAAAUGGCAGAAAAAACUGAUAAAUCAAAAGUUGACCUAGGACUUCUCGAAGAGGAUGAUGAGUUCGAAGAAUUUCCAGCUGAAGAUUGGACUGCAAAGGAUGAAGAUAAUAGUGAUAUUAGCGUGAGUGUGUGGGAAGAUAAUUGGGAUGAUGACGAUGUUGAAGACGACUUUAACCAACAAUUAAGAGCACAACUCGAGAAACAAAAAACGCAGUCUGAGUUUACAAAGGAUGCAUAACUAAAUAUUUAAGUCGACGAAAAAAUUAUUUAAAUAGAUUAUUGUUUUUUUUA